AUGUACUGCACCUGCCACUACUACUCCUACAAGCUUCACAACACCAGGGACAGCAAUUACACACAACCCGCGUACAUGAGCUACUACACUUAUCGUCAGUCCCCCAGCCCAUCUUCCCCUCCCACUCCCCUCAACCUGCAAACAUAUCAAUCACCUAUGCAAACACUCACCAACUGCAACACUACCACUGCCGCUCCCAGUCCCCUCAACCUGCAGACAUAUCAAUCACCUAGCAAGCACUCACCAACUGCAACACUACCACUGCCGCUCCCAGUCCCCUCAUCAACACUCACCCUCACCCCUGUAUCCCCCCAGCCCUGGCUCCGACACCCACGCUGCCCGGGAUACCACUGCUGCCCUGACGCGACGCAUCACCGUGCUACGAGCCGCGGUAUCGGCGCCAUGCUGGCGGAGCGUGUCCGCUACGUGCCUAAAUGUGAUGCUAACAAUCGCUACAUUGCCGCCUAUAAAUGCUACUUAACCAGGCCAACGCCGAUUUCGCCACCCUACCAGUGA